GUAAAUGUGUCCACUUUACAGCACUCCAAUAAGUGUGUAAAACCUCUCAGGGAGGUCUCCCUUCCCCACAGAAUAACAACCCAUUAGACGUAUUCGUCUUCAUCUUUCUUGGUUCUAUUUGCAGUAGCUCCCACUAAAAAUGUUCUCCAAUCUCGGAAUGAGAGUCGCCAGCAGAAGCCUCGUCAAAGCUUCCCAUCCUUCCGUCGCAACUAAUCAUGUCCUCCCAGUUUCCAAUCUCGAUCUUUUUCCCAACGACUUCCAAGUCGCAUUAUGUUCCAUCUAUCCAAGACAUACGACGGGGGACUUCGCUUCCGUUGCUGACGCACUCCGCACAUGCCUCCCUGCGUUCCUCGAUCACUACCACCCGUUCACUGGCCGGAUCGUGACGAACCCGGAGACGGGCUUGCCUGAGGUCCACUGCAAUAACGAAGGAGCGGAGCUUGUCGUGGCAUAUUCCGACGUCCCAUUGGCUCACGUCGACUUCCACGACACCGACGGCUCGCUGAACCAAAUAGUGCUCCCCUUUGCUCACGAUGUCCCUCUGUCCGUGCAGGCUGUGGAAUUUGCCUGCGGUGGCUUCUCCAUCUCGUGGGGCACCAACCACCUCCUCGUCGAUGGCUACAGCAUUUGCAUGCUCGCCACGCAUUUGUGUGAGCUCGUCCGGACCGGCAAGCUCUCUGUUUACCCCAACCAUGACCGAUCCUUGUUCCUUCCCCGUGUGCCACGUACCUACAGCCCUGCGUUGGCCCGCUCGUUCGUGCCAUGCACCUCGGACAACCUGUUCAACGUGCUCAACUGCGAGGUCAACGUCAGGCGCUUGUACUACAUCGAAGCGGGCGACAUCGAUCGCCUGCGCGAGUCAUCAAGCAAGGCGGGCCGCAGGGCGACCCGCAUGGAGGCGGUGUCCGCGUACAUAUGGAAACUAUUCGCCGGAAUUGUGGAAGACGCGGGCGACACCUGCUGCCGCAUGGCGUGGCUCGUCGAGGGGCGAAGCAGGCUCAAGGAGAUAAGUGACAUGCAAAACUACAUCGGGAACACAACGACUUUCGCCACGAAGGAGGCGAGCACCGAGGAGUUGGGGAGCGGCAGUCUUUCGCAAAUCGCUCGGGUGGUGUCGGCGUCGAUACGUGAGGUGGCGAAGAAGGAGCAUUUCCAAGAAAUGGUGGAUUGGAUGGAAGAGCACAAGAGGGAAGGGAGAUGGGUGGAGAGGGUAAGUGUCGGUUUUGGGAGCCCUGCGGUGGUGUUGACUUCGUUCCACAACUUUGGGGUGGACUUGGACUUCGGGUUGGGGCGACCGGUGCUGGUGAUGCCCGUCGUACCGAAGGGAAGGCUCUGUAGCGCUUUUCUUCAGGUUGUAGGGAGUCCCAAGGGCGACGGCUCAUGGAACGUGAGCGCGCUCAUGUGGCCGAAGCUGGCUAAAGCGCUCGAGUUGGAUGGUCUCUUCAAGCCCAUCACUUCUCGGUAUCUUGGUUUGGUCACACCUGCGGUUCCUCGUCCUGUUAGCAAACUCUAAGAUUAGACCAUCUCAUGUCCAAUAAACUUGAGAAUAAAGAUGGCUUUUUCUUUAGUUU